AUGUUAACGGAUUAUUUGUAUGUUGAGGAAGAAUACAUGGACGAGAUUAAGGAAGAAAACAUGGACGAGAUUAAGGAUCUUUUGUUUCAACUCCUUCUUAUGUUGGAAGAGAUUAAGGAAGAAAACAAUGUUAACGAAGUUCUGUGCUCCGUGAUAUUGUGCAAUAAAAAUUACCUACAAGCACAAGGAAUAUUACAAAAUUCAUCUGUAAGUUCUGGUUUAGUCUCAUUUUGGUUAAGGCUUUGUGGAACAUUUUCUAAGGGCUCUGUGUUCUGGGAUUCAGUCCCUGGAAUAUUACAAAAUUCAUCUGUAAGUUCUGGUUCAGUCUCAUUUUGGUUAAGGCUUUGUGGAACAUUUCUAAGGGCUCUGUGUUCUGGGAUUCAGUCCCUGCAUGAUCCCAAAAAGGAGCUUGGAAAUGUUUUGGAUCCGGGGGAUUCAGUUGUAGUUGCGAAAGCGUUCUCUCACAUGCUUAACUUGGCCAACUUGGCUGUGGAGGUUCAGAUCGCUUACCUCCAGCAGAACAAAAAGAAAAAGAGCGAUUGCAUUGAUGAAAACUCUAUUACUACUGAAUCAGACAUCGAAGAGAUUAUCAAGAGACUUGUGGUUGAUUUAAAGAUGUCCCCACAAGAAGUUUUUAAUGCAUUGAAGAAUCAAACUGAGGAUUUGGUGUUUACUGCUCAUCCAACUCAAUUCGUUCAAAGAUCAUUACUUCAUUAG